AUGAAUUAUGAUUUAUUCGGCAUCAGGACCAGCUUACGGGGCCCUCAACCACCGAAUUCCGACUUAGCGCCCAGACAGGAGGUCGAUGUCGUUCACCCAACCGACGAAUGCACCAAAUGUGACGCCUACAAGCAACACGUUCUGCACCCUGAACCAGACUUCGGCUUUGUGGAAGAUCUCGACCUGGGCCAAGCUGAGGAUGCAUUCCUGGAGGGGGUUCUCCAAGGCCAGCGUACACAACGGGAGGAAGAUGAGGCGCAGCUUGCUCGUUACCGGGAGAAGUUGGACAGCAUGCAGCACAAGCUUGACGAGUCCCAGGCUCUCCAGACACAAUAUCAAGACGAAGCCGAGGGACUAAAGGCUGAGCUGGCCGGAGUGCAGGAUAGGCUCUUUGCGCUCCAGUUGGCGUAUGAAGAGCUAUCAUCGGACAGAGUUCGCCUGCAUCGGGUUGCAGAGUCACCACCGCCGAUUCGCGACGUGCCCCAUGACGUGGCCUCUCCGGACACGGAGUCCGUGUCGCCCUCCUCUUCGAGCGUCUCCUGGCCUGGAGACGAAGAACUUUUCGAGGAAGAUGAAGAGUUCGGGAUCAUGCAGCAGCUCCAUCUUAUGGAUGAGUGGGACAGGGAGGAUGCAGAGUGGGCGGAGCGUAUUCGUCGCGAGGCAAUUGAGGAAGAAAGCGAGGAAGAAGACGAGGACGCAACCUCACUCUUCCUGGGCGCUAUAUCGAUUGAAUCCGACCUCGGAAUUCCCUCCCCUGCAAGCUCAGUCCUCGACUUAUCGAUACCCGAACCUCAGGACGAACGUCUGACAAUAUCCGAACUCGGCGCUCUGAUAGCUGCCGCUGAAGACCCCCCAAAGCGUGAGGCUGCUCUGCUCCGACUCUAUCCGCUUGUUCGAGAAGCGGAGCGCACGCCCAAGGAAGAACGAUCCCUCGAACAAGCUUUUCUUCUUACCUCGUGGAAAGCACCCACUGCGAGUAUAUUCCACAUCACUGUAUCCUCGCCACGUCCCUCGACGAGCGCUCUCCCACCAUCUUCGCCCAUUACUCGCAAGAAACACCUCCCCCAGAUUUUCGUCGACGCGUCCGCGUACGGUGUUGGGCUCAUAUUCGAUAACUUUUGGCUCGCAUGGACCUUCACACCGGACCACCCGUUGAUUCCUCUCGGCCCGGACGACAAGAUCAUCAUGUCCUGGGCGGAACUCAUCGCCGUCGAGCUUGGGGUACUAACGCUCCUCGCGGCCGGGUACCAGAACGUCAAGAUAACGCUCAGGUCAGAUAACGAAGGCGUAGUCAUGGCUCUCAAGAAGAGGGCUUGGACACCGAGGUUUGGGCUGAACGACAUUCUCCAACGCGUUCUCCGCUUGUGCGAUGAGGGCGAAAUUGAUUUGCGCCCCUUGUGGGUCUGGACGAAGAAGAACCCCGCGGACGCGCCUUCGAGGGGCAUGUACCCGGAUCCAUGGCUAAUGUUUAAGCACCGGCCAGAUAUCCCCAAGCACUUAGCUGGAUUUUUGCAGGAGGUGGAACCGUCUACGUUAACAGUGUGA